AUGACUGGAUACUCUCGAGGUAUAGGACGCAAAGUAGGCUUGGUAGUGGGGAUAGGCAUUGAUAUUAUAAAAGCGUCCCGCUUUGAGAAUUUGCUAGAGACAAAGACAUCAUCUUUUGCUGAGAGAUUAUGUAAAAGAAUCCUACAUCCUACUAAAGAGUUGCCCAGAUUUAAAGAAAUGAGCCCACAGCGACGAGUUCAAUUUUUAACAGGAUCAUGGGCCGCCAAAGAAGCAUUGUUCAAAACAUUACAAGUCCAUGAACAGGGUGAAUUCAAUUUUAACGAAUGGUAUCGGUUUAAUGACACAAACGGGAAGCCUUUCAUUUGGAAUGAUAAGUACAAUUCCAACGACGAGGAGUUUCAUCUAAGUAUAUCACACGAUGACUCAAUAGUGAUUGCGACUGUAUUGCGACAAAAAAUCUACGACUUUGAAACGAAAACAUAA